CUUGAGAGACUAGGCUAUCCUGUGUAAUAGUGUGAAUCCUUGGUUUUAAUUUUUGUUGUGACUUUUGUUUUGAAUUUGAGGUUAAGGUACACACAGUCUCAAAUAAAAUAUAAAAAAAUAGAGAUAAAUGAAUGAAUGGAAUGAUAUUAUUUAUGUGUUGAUUUUACAUAUUUGUUUAGUAUUUUAGUUUCUUAGUUUUAGUUAUCUCUGAUUUUAUUAAAUGGUUUUCAGUUUAAAAACAUUUGUAGUUUGGUUAUUUUAAACAGGAAUGUCUCGUUGUUUUGUAAUUGGGUGUAACAAUGCAACUUACGGUCAACGAUAUAAAGUAGGUGUAACAUUCCAUGUAUUUCCAAAAGUUUUCCAGAAAGAAUGGCUGAUAGCCACAGGGAGAUCGGUUGAUCAUUUUGUGACGCAUGAAAAAAUUUGUUCAGAACAUUUUAAAAAAAGUGAUUUUGAACCAUAUGGAGAACGCAAGAGAAUAAAGCCGGGAGUGAUACCGACGCAAUAUGUUUUCAGCCAACCAGAAAUACCUGUAUUCACAAGAAAUUUUUCCGAAUCAGAUAAUAUAUAUGAAGAAGAUAGCUGUUCAAACAUUGAUAAUGGGUAUGAAAGGUUGACAGAUGAACAUUCUAAAGUAGAAGGUAAUUCAAGUUCACCUGAAACUUUCCCAAGAUUGAUACGAGCUUUUCAUACCUAUAGUAAAAAUCCCUCACUUAUGCCAAGUAAUUUAACCUCACCUGAAAAAAAUGGGAAAACACCAACUACUUCUACUAUAAAAUGUACAUAUAGUAAAAAACCCUCACUUAUGCCAAGUACUUUAAUCUCACUUAAAAAAAAUGGAAAAACACCAACUACUUCUACUACAAAACAUACAAUAAUAAGGAGUCUUCAUACAUGCAGUAAGAAUCCUGAAAAAACAAAGACUGACAUCUUAGAAAAAAGAAUUAAUAUUCUUCAGAAGAGGGUAGCGUUUCUUACAAAUAAUUUAAAAGUAUCUAGAAGAAUUAGUACUAGAAGAAAAUAUAAAAUGAAGAGGAUGAAAAAAAUAAUUUGUGGUUUAAAAAGGAAAAUGUCUUUAUUUUUGGGACUGCAACAGCUUUAGAAACCUAUUUUGUUUGUUAAAAUAUUGUUAAGUAACUAAUAAAACUAAACUGAUCAUACAAAAAUUUCUAAUGAGUUGAGGAUUAGUGAUAACACUGCAAUUUUACCUCCACAAACGUUUCCCUAGUCCAUUCUUGAUAAGUAGUUAGUUAAAAUUAAUGAUACUUGAGGAUUUACUGCAGCCUUUUAUGUUCAUUAAUAUUUUAAGAAAUGUCAAUGAAGAAAGGACUAACUUUAAGUAGGAACAACCAAACUAAAUGGGGUUAUAAAUAUAAUGGAGCCAACAAGUUUAAUCACUGAAAUGCUGGGGUGCUUAAGAUAGUUGGGGAAUUAUAUCUAGUAGAUUCCAUGUAAAACAAAGUUUCAAAUCGACCAACACGCGAAAACACCCUCACAUAUAGCAAAGCAGAAAUCUAAAGACACUCGCAGACAAAGUCAACUUCCCUUGAAACAAUAUUUAGAAUCUGGAUCGUCUAGUAGUAGUGAACAAGCUAUUUUUAAUGAAGAUUUAUGCAAAGCUUUAGUGACUUUGAAUAUCCCUUUAAUACGAUUAAAUAAUCCAAAUCUCUGAUCAUUUUUGCAAAAAUACUGUAAAUUUGAUAUUCUAGAGCAAAGUAUAUUACGCAAACGUGGUGUUGACAGUUUGUACAUUGAAACUCGUGAAAAAAUUCGUGAGAUUACCGUUGGAAACCAUUUCUACAUUAUUGUGGAUGAAACAACAGACUCUUGUGGUCGAUAUAUCGCCCAUUUAAUGAUAGGUUCAUUACGCGAAGAAAUGCAAAUUGGUCCAUAUCUAAUCGCUUCAAAGCAAUUAGAUAAAACAAAUAACUUGUUUUAUCCAGACAGAAUUGUCUUCCUUUUUUCUUCCGGAAGCCGUUCCAACAGAAAAAUGUGUAUUGCUGUUAUCCGAUGCCGCCCCGUACAUGGUAAAAGCCGCACAAAAUUUAAAAAUGUUUUAUGAAAACUUAAUCCAUGUUACAUGUUUGGCUCAUGUCCUUAACAGAGUUGCAGAAGAAAUUAUGCAUUUGUACCCAAAAUUAUAUUAGAUUUAGAACAAAAAAAUUUACCUUUGGUGACUUCCGUAAACUUAAUUAAGACGUUUGAAUCAAAAACAAUAAACGAAAAAAAUAAGUUAUAUAAAGCUACAAUAAAAAAUCCAUAUGAUAUAGAAUUAAAAACUAGGUAUAAUUAUUUAAAAAAAUACACAAAAAGACUAAUCGACAUAUCAAAAACAACUUAUUUUCAGAAUAACAUUGAACAAAAUAAAAAUAAAUCGAAAGGGCUUUGGGACACAGUAAACGAGGCUUGCAAUUCUGUUAGACCUAAAACAAAAAUAGAUAACAUUAAACUAGUAAACGGGGAUAUAUUAACCAUUUUAAUAAAUAUUUUAGUAAUAUUGGCCAAAUAUUAGCAUCAGAAAUACCACAAGUAAAAGAUGUUCAAAAUGAUUUUAGAGAAAACACUAAUAUGUGCAGUUCAAUGUAUCUAAAUCCUGCUACAGAAUCUGAAAUAAAAAAUAUGAUCAAUGAACUUAAGAAUAAAAAAUCACCAGGACACGAUAAAAUUAAAUCUGAGACGCUAAAAAAUAUAUGUGAAGAAGUUUCAACACCUUUAACUUAUUUAAUUAAUAAUUGCAUGGUUACAGGUUGUUUCCCAAAUGUUUUCAAGGUAGGUAUUGUUAAACCACUGCAUAAAAAAGGGAGUAAGUCAGAGAUGUCAAACUAUAGACCUAUUUCAUUGAUAUCCAACAUAGCAAAGAUUGUUGAAAAAGUCCUUAAAAAGAGAAUAAUACAUUUUUUGGAUAAACAUGAAUUAAUUUCACAGUGUCAAUAUGGCUUUAGGAAAGGUAAAUCCACA